AUGGCAGCAUCUAUGUCAGCUCUUGUCCUUGAAACACCAAGGUACCCGGAGUUAAACCUCCUGGUUUAUGACAGCAACGGCCAUCUUCUUGCCGCCCUGGAAAUCCCAACUACCCAACAAGCUCAAUACAUCACUGAGGAGAUGCUAUGUCGCUAUUGUUGGUUGGUGUUCAUCUUUCCUAACCAAAACGAGUGGGCAAUUUACAAGUUGCAAGCCAAUAAUACACCAGACACCACUGCACUUCAGCAUGACAGUGCGAGUUUGGUGAGCCCUGGUAACUAUGUGGUUCUGGAUCUAAAUCACGCGCCCAUUACUAUCGAUCUAACACCGAAUUACGCGCCACGCCGUGUCAGAACUCAAAGUGCCGAUUCCCAAUCCCAGGGUCAGAGGGAAUGGAGCCGUCUGCAGAAUAAAUUUCGCGACAGCCUCCGCACUAGAGACGCAGCAUGUGCAAUUACUGGGCCGAAUGCUAUAGCCAGCCGUCGGAGUCCUUUCCGAGGUCUCGAAGCUACGCAUAUAUUCCCCGUUAGUAAGGUGGAUGAAUGGCGACGAAAUCAAUAUCGGCGGUACAUUACCGACACUAGGCCUAGCAGCGAGAUUGGGGAAUCUGGUCUUUAUUCUCCCCAGAAUGGGCUUCUUCUCCGCUCCGAUAUCCACAUACACUUCGACGCUUUCGAAAUAGGAAUUGACGCCGAUGCCGACUACAAGAUCAUUGUAUUCGUACCGGAUACUACGGGAAUUGGUGGCACUCGUCUUAGAAACUCUGCUCUGAGUGGAACCCUGCGUGUGAGCGCCAACCUCCUUCGUUGGCACCUACGGAUGUGCCUGUACAAGCACCUGAAGGCCAAUGCCGAGCCGCAGACAGAAUGGGAGGAAGAUCUUGGAGAAGACCCGAUGGGCGAAAUCCUUAGCCAGCCAGAUGCGGCUGAGCGGAUGGAAGUGGAGCUUUUCACGCGCCUGGGAGAAUUGAUAGAAUGA